AUGGGCUCCCUACUCACGCAGUCGCUACUGAUCAGCAAGAGCCUGGUCUGGGCAAUCAAGGACAUGAUGGACAUGUACCGCACGCGCCCGCGAUCCACGCAGCAUCUUCAGGACGCGACUCGCAACGUGAAUCGCGCGUAUUCCAACCAGCAGACGCUGCUGAUGGUGCUCAAUAGAAACCCUCAGACCCAGCAAUCCGAGCAGAUCUCGUCCAUACGCGAUGAAGUCGCAUCCAUGACCCCCAAGUUCACUCAGCUGCUCUCUCUGCUCGCCACGUGGCGCCAGCAGCAGCUUCACGCCAUAACUCGCCUGCACUUCGCUGCGGAACCUGUCAGCCUCGCCGUCACCCAGGCCGCACCAGCCGCACCAGCAAAAGGAAAGGGCGGCUCGAAUAUUGUGGUGACUCUUGAUGACGACGACGACGACGAUGAUGACGAGGAUAAGAAGGACAAGAAGAAAAAGGACAAGAAAUCGCCGCCGAAGAAGAGCCCUCCCAAAAGCUCGUCGGGUUCAAAUUCGGGGGGCAGGGGCUCGAAAAAAGGAAAGAAGGCCAAGGUUGGGGCGACUCAGAUGAUCAACGUGGUUGUGGCGGCAGAUGGCACUGGGGAUUACAAGUCGAUUCAGGCCGCUGUGGACGCGGCUGGACCAGGUUCGACGAUCCGCAUCAAGGCGGGAGUGUACAAGGAGCAGAUCCAGGUCAGCACGGAUCGCAUCACGAUGAUUGGAGCUGGGAUGGAUCAGACGGUUAUUGUGUACGACGCCAGCCAGACCCGGGGUUACGAUAUUAUCACCUCGGCUACAGUCGGGGUCAACGCGGAUAGGUUUGUCGCGAUGAGCAUGACGAUUCGCAACUCAGCUGGCAUGGCAGGCCAGCAGGCCGUGGCGCUCCGUGUUGACAGCGAUCAAGCCGCGUUUUACCAGCUCCGGAUUUCGGGAUUUCAAGACACCCUGUUCGCCAGCACGGGUCGCCAGUACUACACGAAGUGUUUCAUCGACGGGGCUGUGGAUUUCGUGUUCGGCGACGCGGCUGUUGUGAUUCGCAAUUCGCAAUUGAAGGUCCAGGCGUCGCAGUAUGACACGACAAUCACCGCGUCGGGUCGCCUGAGCAAAACUUCCAACACCGGGAUUGUCGUCAUGGACAGUCGCGUGGUGUCGUUCGCGCCGCGCGUUUUCCUUGGGCGACCGUGGAAGGACUACGCGACGUCGGUGUUCAUCAACACGUGGCUCCCGAAUAAAGUUGUUGCGGACGGCUGGAUGACGUGGGCCGGCGAGACGUACGGCGGAAAGCCAUUUCUGGCGGAGUUCAACAGCAAGGGACCCGGCGCCAAGCCUUCUCGUGUCAAGUGGGCCAAGCCCGGCGUUACAUCAGGUGGUGCCGUCAGCCAGUACAAUCCGAACAGCUUCAUCCAGCUCCAAUCGUGGAUUGGCGCCACCAAGAUUCCCGUCUGA